GUUUCCCAGCAGUACGACUGUGACAAUGUGACAGUGUGACAAGCCCGACUUCUUAUCGAUAGCACCGAAAAGCACCCAAGUUAAGGCCACUUUCACCUGUAGAAAGCUUUCGUCGUCCUCAUUCGCAGCAGCCUCAAUUACAACACCCAUCCGCUAAAGCUGGCCUCAAAAUCUCCGAGGCCAGCACCUUGAAAGCCUCCCCACGAAUUCUCCACGUUUCUCUUGAAACGAAGGAAACAAUAACAAAAGAUAAAGAAAAAGAUAAAGCCAAAAAGAUGUUGUCAGGUCUCCAAAAUCCCCGGCAAGCAGCCGCUCAGCUGCUGAACUUUGGCUUGAUUCUAUCCACCGCAUUCAUGAUGUGGAAAGGCCUCUCCGUACUCACCGACUCGCCGUCGCCCAUCGUCGUCGUGCUCUCGGGGUCCAUGGAGCCGGGCUUCCAGCGGGGGGACCUGCUCUUCCUCUGGAACCGGAACCUGCGGUCCGAGACCGACGUCGGCGAGAUCGUCGUCUACAACGUCCGCGACAAGGAGAUCCCCAUCGUCCACCGCGUCGUCCGCAAGUUCGGCUCCGGCGCCCACGCCCGCCUGCUCACUAAAGGUGACAACAACGCCGCCGACGACACCGAGCUCUACGCCCGCGGCCAGGACUUGCUCGAGCGCAAGGACAUCAUCGGCAGCGUCUUCGCCUACAUCCCCUUCGUGGGCUACGUCACUAUUAUGCUGAGCGAGCACCCCUGGCUCAAGACUGUUAUGUUGGGCAUUAUGGGGUUAUUUGUGGUACUGCAGCGGGAAUAGUCGUACGUACAGCGAGGAAACUGAAGUGGGGGAUGUAUGAAAAACAACAGCGAAUAUUGAUCAUGAUUUUGGGUUUAUAUUAGAGGCUAUCCGCAAAUAAAAAAUAUUUUCAUAUUGGCCAGCUCACCAAUCCUUCCACCCUUCCAUAAUCAAAUAUGAGAUAUAAUUAUAACCUAUGUGAAGACCACGGUCUAUGGGUAUUUUCCAGCCAA